AUGGAUUCUGGCGGCAAUUCUUUACCAUCUGCUCCUGAUGGGGUUAAGAGGAAGGUGUGCUAUUUCUAUGAUCCAGAGGUUGGGAAUUACUAUUAUGGGCAAGGUCAUCCUAUGAAGCCACAUCGUAUACGGAUGACACAUGCUCUUCUUGCUCAUUAUGGAUUGCUUCAGCACAUGCAGGUCCAUAAGCCAUUUCCAGCUAGAGACAGGGAUCUUUGUCGUUUUCACGCUGAUGAUUAUGUUGCAUUCCUUCGAAGCAUAACUCCUGAAACACAGCAGGAUCAUCUGAGGCAACUCAAACGCUUUAAUGUUGGUGAAGAUUGUCCUGUUUUUGAUGGCCUCUACUCUUUCUGUCAAACUUAUGCAGGGGGUUCAGUUGGGGGUGCUGUUAAGUUAAAUCAUGAUCAAUGUGAUAUUGCUGUCAACUGGGCUGGUGGGUUGCAUCAUGCCAAGAAGUGUGAGGCUUCUGGAUUUUGCUAUGUUAAUGAUAUAGUCCUUGCAAUCUUAGAACUUCUUAAACAACAUGAGCGUGUUCUAUAUGUGGACAUCGAUAUCCACCAUGGAGACGGUGUGGAAGAAGCAUUCUAUACUACUGACAGAGUCAUGACUGUUUCUUUUCAUAAAUUUGGAGACUAUUUUCCUGGUACUGGGGAUGUGCGUGAUAUUGGAUAUGGAAAAGGAAAAUACUACUCUCUUAAUGUUCCGCUUGAUGAUGGCAUUGAUGAUGAGAGUUAUCAUUUCUUGUUCAAACCAAUAAUUGGCAAAGUAAUGGAAGUGUUCAGGCCUGGUGCAGUAGUUCUCCAGUGUGGUGCUGAUUCUCUAUCUGGAGACCGAUUGGGAUGUUUCAAUCUUUCAAUUAGGGGACAUGCAGAGUGUGUCAGAUACAUGAGAUCAUUCAACGUGCCCCUCUUGCUACUAGGUGGUGGUGGCUACACCAUUCGGAAUGUUGCUCGAUGUUGGUGCUAUGAGACAGGAGUUGCUCUUGGAAUAGAAGUUGAUGACCAAAUGCCGCAGCACGAGUAUUAUGAAUAUUUUGGUCCAGAUUAUACCCUUCAUGUUGCCCCAAGUAACAUGGAAAACAAGAAUUCCCAUCAUUUACUCGAAGAAAUUCAAUCUAAGCUACUUGAGAAUCUUUCCAAGCUGCAGCAUGCUCCUAGUGUCCAAUUUCAGGAAAGGCCUCCAGAUUCUGAUCUUGGAGAGGCAGAUGAAGAUCAUGAUGAUGGAGAUGAGACAUGGGAUCCAGAUUCUGACAUGGACAUUGAUGUUGAACGUGAGCUUGUACCAAGCAAGGUAAAGAAAGAAAUUGCUGAACCUCAGCUCAAUGAUCUGGAUGACCAGAGAAGUGGGGAGUUUUUGAGAGGCUCUGAUACUGCAGUUGCUGAAACUUGCAUGAAGGCUCUAGAUAUUUCUUCUCAGAAAGCUGAUGAAGAUAAUGUGAAAGUUGAACAGAAUACUGUGACUGAGUUGACUAAAGAGACAGACCUGAAGUGUCAAGCAACGUAG